UCAGUUGUAACUUGUCGUUAAUACAAGUCGUUAAAAGUCGGGCUGUUCGAGUACAUUUCUCUGUUUUUAAUUUAUAUAUUCUAUAUAUUAUUUAUUUACAAGCUAAUUAAUAGUUAGCUUACAUUUUGAAUUUGUGAAGAAAAUCUUUUACAUUUAAUACUCGGAUACGAAAAAUGUUUCACACUUGGAUUCUAUUACUGGUGACUAUUAUAUAUGUCGUCGCUGAAAAUGUUCAAAACAUUCCCGAUAGUGAAGAUGAACUGGAUGCUCUAGAUGAACAGCCGAAAUGCGGUCAGGGUAGUCCAAUACCUCUGAAAUUAGACUUGAAUAUUACUGCUGAUCAAGCUAGACCUGCCGAAUAUCCCUGGACCAUAGCCAUUAUCCAUAAUGAUAGCUUUAUUGGUGGUGGCUCUCUAAUUGCUCCAGAUGUGGUUCUCACAUCAGCCCAUCGGAUAUAUGAUAAGAAUCCAGAAGAUAUUAUUGUCAGCGCCGGCGAGUGGCAAUAUGGAAAGGCCUUAGACAAAUAUCCAUUCGAGGAGGCAUCCGUAUCGAAAAUGGUGGUUCAUGAGUCAUUUAACUAUAAGAAUGGAACCAACAACUUGGCGCUCCUCUUCCUAGAUAGUCAAUAUCAACUAACAUACCGGAUUAAUACCAUCUGCUUGCCCAUCAAGAAAAGAUCCCUCAACAACACUCGGUGUAUAGUUGCUGGCUGGGGUAAAAAUAGAUUCAGAGAUAAACAUUUCGUAAAUGUUUUAAAGAAAAUAGAACUUCCGAUUGUACCGAGGGAUACGUGCCAGGAUCAGCUGAGAGAAACCAAGUUCGGCAAAAACUAUACACUGCCUGCUGGCCUAAUCUGUGCCGGUGGCGAGGAAGGCAUUGAUGCCUGCACUGGCGAUGGCGGGGGAGCACUCUUUUGCCCAAUGACCGAGGAUCCCAAACAAUUCGAACAAAUUGGCAUUGUCAACUGGGGCUUGGGUUGUAAGAAAAAAAACAUUCCCGGCACAUAUACAGAUGUUUUUGAGUUUAAGCCAUGGAUCGACAAGCAGAUUGGAAGUAAUUUCUUUUUACCACAAAAAUCUUAAUAAAACAUCUCCACAGUU